AUGGAGAACAGGACAGAAGUGACACAGUUCAUCCUCCUAGGACUGACCAGUGUCCCAGGACUACGGAUCCCCCUCUUCAUCAUGUUCACUCUCAUUUACCUCAUCAAUGUGGUCGGGAACCUGGGGAUGAUCGUGUUGAUUCUGCUGGACUCUCGUCUCCAUACUCCCAUGUACUUUUUUCUCAGUAACCUAUCUCUGGUGGACUUUGGUUACUCCUCAGCUGUCACUCCCAAAGUCAUGGCCGGGUUACUUAUAGGUGACAAAGUCAUCUCCUACAAUGCAUGUGCUGCUCAGAUGUUCUUUUUUGUAGCCUUUGCCACUGUGGAAAAUUACCUCUUGGCAUCAAUGGCCUAUGACCGCUACGCAGCAGUGUGCAAACCUCUGCAUUACACCACUACCAUGACUAUAGAUGUGUGUGCACGUCUGGCCAUAGGCUCCUAUGUCUGUGGUUUCCUGAAUGCCAUCUUCCAUGUCGGGGACAUAUUCAGCCUUUUCUUUUGUAAGUCCAACAUGAUCAAUCAUUUUUUCUGUGAUGUUCCAGCGGUCAUGGCUCUCUCUUGCUCAAAUAAGCACAUUAGCGAGGUGGUUCUUGUUUUUAUGUCGAGUUUUAAUGUCUUUUUUGCCCUUCUGAUCAUAUUGAUUUCCUAUCUCUUAAUAUGUGUAAGCAUCUUGAAGAUGCACUCAGCGAAGGGGCACCAGAAGGCUCUGUCCACCUGUGCUUCCCACCUCACUGUGGUCUCCAUCUUCUAUGGAACAGUCAUCUUCAUGUAUUUGCAGCCCAGCUCUAGCCACUCCAUGGACACAGACAAAGUAGCCGCUGUGUUCUAUUCUAUGGUCAUCCCUACGCUGAACCCCCUGGUCUACAGCCUGAGGAACAAAGAGGUCAAGAGUGCAUUCAAGAAGGUGAUUGAGAAGGCAACUUUUUCUCUAGGAUUGAGAUUUUAA